AUGGACGUAACGCCAUCAAUGAAGGGCGGGAGGCUGGGGUUUCAAGGCCUUGAGGACUUUCUGAACUCGUCGCGAAUGGGAACUGACCACUAUGAUCGCGACAAGCUGGUUACUGACCUGUAUUUCGCCUUCCUGUUUGCCCAAGAUGUCGCUCAAGGUAACACUCAGGGCAUUGAAGCAGCUAUUAACGAAGCAUUGGAGAGGCUUAUAUCAGGACCAGCUCGAGACUGCCUGUCGCCUGUAUCCCCCCUGAGCCCAGCAUCCAGUGGGGGUGCACAGUCUCCUGGCAAGACCGUUGGAGGGUUCUCCUCUGGCUGCGUGCGUGCUGCUUCUGUCAACGACCUCCCUGCUUACGCUCGUCCAGACGCUCUCAAACUGCCCCAGGCCCCUCCGACAUCAACGCCCUUUUUUUCCACCACGGCUACUACCAGCGGCAGCAGCAGCAGUGGGGGCAAAUGGGGGACAUCACCCUCUUCAGUUAGCAGACAGGCAGGGAACAAGCCAGCACCUCUUGUGGGCGUUGGAACAGAAGAUGAUAAGACGUCGGGAGGGCUGCUGGUUCUCAAGCGGCUGGCGUGCUGUGUGGCAAGGGCGGCAGCAGAGGCAGAGGCGCGCAGGCAGCGAGGGCUGCUGAACGCACAUGAGGUGGUGAGGAGGGAGCAGGAUAAGGCCAGCAGAGCAGCAGCCAUGGCUGGUGGCGGAGCAAGUGGGGGAGGUGGAAUCGGUAGGCCUGGAGUGGGUGGGGCAGGAGCGGGUCGGGGUAUGCCCAUGGGUGGGGGGAGGCCGAUUCCUGCUGUACCUGGUGGCUCUGCUUCUUCCCUCAGUAGUGCAGGGGGUGUGAGCUACCCUCCUGCUGCCAGAGCUGCUGCUGUGUCUAAUUGGAAAGGGGGUAGUUGCAGUGCUGUGCCUGGGGAUGCUUCAGUUGAGGCUUAUGGUGGAGGGAUGGGGGGGUUCACUGGGGGAGUGGGUGGGGGGACAGGCAGUUAUGGGGCGUCUGUUGGGGGUGGCAAGGUGGCGGGUGGGCCAGGGAAGAGCAGUGGAGGGGGAUGGGGGGGAGGGAAGAGUGUUGGAGGGUGGUGA